AUGCUGUACCUGCUUUAUCCUCUGGAGGGCGAAAUAGCGGGAUAUCCGAGGAGCGCCUUCAUGCAGGACCUGGUCGACGAAUGCGAGAAGGAUAUCCGUGGCUGUUUUGAAGCUGGUGCCCAACGGGUCAGUAUUGAUUUCACCGAGGGCAGAUUGGCCCUAAAGAAUGAUCCAUCGAAUCCUUGGACCGGCGCUGCGCUGCUCGACCGCUUCAUUGACCUUAUUAACCGGGUCUUGGCGCGUUUUUCGCCCGAGGAGAGAGCCAAUAUUGGCCUUCAUACAUGCCCGGGCGGUGAUUGUGACAGCGUACACUCUGCCGACGUUCCGUACAAUCAACUGCUACCCAGUCUCUUCAAAAUCAAUGCUGGCUACUUCCUUAUUCAGCUUUCGAGCGAGACAGACAGGGAAUCCAUGUAUAGGAUAAUUGGGGAGUCGAUUCGCCAGGACGCCGAAGGUGUGAAGCAGGUUGCUUUCAUCGGGGUCAUCAGCCCUAUAAACCCGAGGAUUGAGACACCAGAGGAGAUUGCGGACCAGCUGGUCAUGGCGUCCCAGUAUAUUCCUAUUGAUCAGAUGGGCGCUACAGAUGACUGUGGUUUCUCGCCUUUCUCCAUCGAUGUGAAGCCGAAGCAUGGAAGCCCAGACUUGGCGAGAGACGUUGCGUUCCAAAAAAUAAGCAACAGAGUCCAGGGGGCUAAGAUGGCCAGUGAACGAUUGGGUGUUUAG